AUGUUCUACUCCAACGUGUGGGCCGUGCUCUACAUGGGCGCCGGCGUGCUUGUCACCGGCGAGACCGUGCCCGCCACCCUCUUCACCAUCAGGCACCCCGAGAUCGUGUGGUACAUCUUUCUGUUCGGCGUGUGCUCGGGCCUCGGCCAGUUCUUCAUCUACUACACGCUCCAGCACUUUGGGUCGCUGGUGCUGACGGUGGCGACGACGACGCGCAAGUUCUUCACGAUCUUGGCGUCGGUGCUGUGGUUCGGCCACGCGCUCUCACUCACCAAGUGGUUCGCCGUGGGCCUGGUCUUUGCCGGUCUCUCCAUCGAGAUCCUGGGCAAGUACGUCGACGACUACCUCGCCCGAGCACCAGCAUCGGCCAAGCCCAAGCCCAGCGCCGACAGCAUCAAGAAGGCCAAGACCGCAAAGAAGGCCAAGAAGGUCCAGUAG